CAAGCAUCCUCUUACAGUCUAUGCAAGAGAGGAAAAAGUUGAAAAUACCAUGGAUUUCAUUUCCAAAACUGUAUCUGAUAUGGCAAGAAAGAAGAAAAUGGAAUCAACUUCAGAGAGUGAGGAUGAUGAAGAAAUGCAUCCAUUACUGCUUAAAGUUUUUCACUUUCUGUUGAAUGUAAGCAUUUUUUCGUCCUAUCUUUUUUAAUCAUGUUAUCUUUUCAAUAUUGUGUUAUAAAUAUUUUUUAUUUAAAUUUGAAAGGGCAAUACCUUUUUGCCUCUGAUAAAAUUAACAAUUAAGUAAAUAAAUUAAACGAAAGAGGGUUUUAAAAGGGCUGAAUGGGGUAUUGACUCAGAUACCUGGAAAUGGAGUAUUAGCUCACCUCUCACAUACCCAGACCCAACAAAAAUGGGUCUGUUGUUAAAAAGAAAAAAAUGUGUUAUUGUCUCAUUUUCUAUUCCCCCAAAUGGGUUGAAAUAUUGAAUGGGUGCAUCUUUUUUUCAUAAUAUAAUGUCUGGAGCGAAACUAAACAUAAGCUAAAUAAAACUCCAAAGCUCUUAAAAUAUUCAAACGAAUUUUGUGUAAUUAUAUGUCGUAGCAAGAUGCAUACCUUUGGUUAUGACCAUCUAACUUUCUAUUAACAAUUAAUAUUUCAUUUUACAUGCUGACUGGUUGAUGAUACUGACUGGCCAAAGUUUGUGUGUGUGUAUCGUUUCUAAGUUCUCUCAUAGAAUACAAUAAUAUUAUUGUAUUUUAACACUCAUUAAAUAAGGGAAGUAAUUGGCUUCCCUGAAGGAAGACUAGUAUGACAUCACCAUGAUGAUGAUAUGAAUAAGAUGAAAAUAUGUAUACCUUUGAAUCAGAACAUUUUAAACAAGUAGCAACACCAAUGCAUAUAUGUUCCAUGUUUGAUUUUUUUUUUAUGUUUAUGGUUUAGGGCAGUGGUUCUCAACCUGGAAAUUCAGGUGGGUGGGGGUUAUGUAAAAAAUGUGCAUUUUUUAUUUUAAUUUUGAAAUUUAAAUAUUUUUAACAACAGUGAUUAGACUAGUUUCUUAUUGUUGCCCCCUCCCACCUUCUCAAAAAUUAGUUAAAAAUCUCAAUAUAUAAUUCUGGAUGUGGGUUGCCACAACUUGGCAAAUGUUAUAAAGUGAUCACAGCACUAAAAAAGAUUGAGAACUGCCGGGGUAAGAAUAUAUUAUUAAGACAUUAGUGUUUUGAAGCUUUCAGCUUUAAUACCUUUGUGAUCGCCACUAGUUCUAUGCAUGCACUUUUCACUUCUCCCCAUUGGUUGAAACACAUUAAAGAAAAUGAGAAGAUAAAUCUCAUUUUGUAUCACCUGGACUCGGACCCACCGAGUAUUUUCUCUAGCAACCUAGGCAAGGUGUGAAAAAACUGCACACAUCUCCUCACUAGUUUUUAAUCUUUAUUCAAGAUGAUUAAAAAAUCACUGUUUGUAAAGUGACUGACCGUGUAAAGAAAAAUUUUAAUUUUUGUGAUAUCAGAAUCAUAACAUCACAGCACAUUAAAGUGCUAAACAGUUUUCAGUUCUAAGCAUUUUACUUACUUAUAAAAGGAUAUGUGGUUCUGUUGCAUUUGUAGGUUCAUAGUGCUGAAGCAAAAGCUAUACGAUUUCGCGUCUGCCAGCUUUUAUCCAAACUGCUCCACGAUCUUGGAGAAGGUGCCCAGAUUGAUGAUGAACUGUAUGAUCGUAUAUACAAGUGUAUGGGUGAACGCCUAAGGGAUAAGUCAUCACAAGUUCGGGUACAUGCUGUACUUGCCUUAACUAGAUUGCAAGAUCCAACUGAUGAGUCAUGCGCUAUAAUUAAAGGUAAUUCUCUUUAUUAUCAAAUAGGUAGGUAUACUAUUGUUUGCCAGGAUUUCAUUGGCUAAAUUUAAUUUUUCUUAUAUAUGAUUCUGAUCUAUAUAAAAUUAUUAUCAAUUAUAUAUAUUUUAAAAUUUUAUUUUUGAAGCCUUCAUACUACUGUUGGCUCGAGAUCCCAGCGAUGAUGUGAGGCGGGCAAUUCUAUCAUGCAUAGUCCCAUGCAAAGCAACUCUGCCAUCUGUCUUAACGCGCACACGGGAUGUUAAAGAUAAAGUGAGAAGAACUGCAUUUGUUGUCAUCGCAGACAAGUUUCCACUAAAAGCUAUGUCAAUUGAUCAGAGGAUUAAACUCCUGAAUGAUGGAUUAAAUGACAGAUCAGGUAAUACUUAUGUUCUAGUUUUUUCUGUUUUACUGUCUUCAAACAAUUACAGCCGAGUCAACAAAAAUGUUCAACCACUUAGCCACCCCAUGUUGUUAGCUUUCAACUAAAUGAUUUCAGGACAUUCGUUCCUAAAUGCAUGACCUGCACAUUUUUUUAACUUCCCUUUUUUUUUAGACUUGGUAAAAGUUGCCUGCUCUAACAAACUAUUGCAAAGCUGGCUAAUAGACUGUGAAGGCAAUGUUCUUGACCUAUUGGCACGGCUUGAUGUUCAAAGCUCUGUUAAAACCUGUGAGACCGCACUAAACAUUCUCUUUAAAAAAUCUGAAAUUGGAGAGUUGGUCCAAAGAUUUGACAUUAUCAAUGACAAGUAAGUUUCCAUUGGUGUUUUAAACUUUGAUUAAAUAUUACUAUUACUUUUUUUACUACUCUAGUACAUCAUAAAAAGGAAGCAACAUAUUGUACUGUAAUUAUUUUUAAAAGUUUAUUUAAACUUAAAGUAUUCAUUAGUAAUAUUAAAUGUUGAAAUUUAUUGUUUUAUGUUGAAAGAAUAUAUUUUAUAUUCAUGCUGUACACGAUAGAUAGAAUAGAACAACCUUGUCACUUAUCCUCACUCUUGUUGCAAAACUUACAGUUCAAUUUUUUCCCUCUUAGGGCAAUGAUCGAUGAAGAUAAGCUGACGUGUGAAAACAGUUUCUAUUGGAGAAACUUGAUGCAAUUUAUUUACACAGCAGGACAUGAAUACGAUGAACAACUUGAUAAAGUGCGACCGAAUUGUGUUGAGUUCUGCUCAUAUGUGAAAAGGUGAUCAUUCAUUCUGUUUUCUUUGUUGAUGUAUUUGCUGUGAUUUUUGUGGAAAUGUUCAAAUUCUUAAUUCCAACAACUCUUGUUGCAAGAUAAGUUGCAGCCGUUACCAUAUGUAGUGUUCAAAACUGAAAUGUUAUUUAUUUAUUGGUCUGUUGCUUGUAAAUUGUUCUUGGAUUUGUUUAAAGAUAUUGAAAAAUAGAUGGAAUUAAUGUAGAAGCCAUAAAUGCAUGUGAAAACCUCAGUAUUAAAUGGCUCACAAUUAUAUUUUUAAAAGUUUAUAAAGAAAGAACCGCCCCCGAAGAUUGGCAAAGAGCUCUCGGGGUCCCUGUAUGGAAGACUGUGGCACAAACAAGGGCAUCUUCUCUCCUCGACAACACUGGAAAAUAUUUGUGAAAAUUUUGGAAAAGUGGAAACGAGCGAUAGUUAAACCACUUCCUAGCAAUAUCCAAAAUGGCUUUAGAUAAGGAAGAUGUUGUAUUGACGCAAUCUUGGCCUUCCGCCAAAUGUGUGAAAAGGCUUGUGAAUAUCAACAGCUUUAUCUGGUUUUGUGGAUCAGAAAAAGGUUUUUAAACAGGGUUGACAGAAAUAAGCUGUGGUAGGUGCUGGAAACAUUCUGGACAAAACAUCUCCUCAAUAAAAAUAGAGCUCUGUAUACUAGAAAUGUCAAUGCUAUUUAAAUCCUGAGAUACUCAAUGAAUCCUUAUUUGCAAAAGACCAAUACAUCCUGAAUGAUAAGGAACAGUUGCAGAGCCAUUUUCUUAACCUGAGGUGUAUCUGCAAUCUUUAUGGAAUGAACAUAAGCAAAGGAAAGACAGCUGUCAGAUCAGUAGGCAAUACCCUAGUGGAGAUAAUUAGCAAUAGUCUGCUGCUCCGAUUAAAACCAUGAGUUUAAUUAUCUGGGAAGCAUUUUCACUGACUAUGGAAAAAAUGGAUAGAGUGGUAAAGACAAAAUUACAACGGGCAAUCAGCUACCAAAUUGCCCCACUACUUAGACACCUCAUAAUGAUGAUGGAGACCAAUUCCAGGCUAAUUAACGCUGUUUUUAUUCCAACGCAUACUUAUCAGUAUCAAACCUGUGCUCUGAAUAAAAGUCUUGAGAUAAAAUUAUUCACCUGCAAUACGAAUGAGAUGUUUAAGGUGAGCAUCUGGAACAAGAAGGGACCAAAUUCAGAACCAGGAAAUGGACAAAUGGUUUGUGCCAUCCCAAUCAGUCUGUAUAUGCCUCAACAACAAUUUAAUUGAUUUUGCCACAUGGUCAGAAUACCUGUCAAGUAUACAGUACCAAUUCCAUGGCCAGGUGAAGACCAUGUCAUCAGUGGAUUGAAUGUUAAGGACACCCUAAAAUUCACACAUGAACCCCCAGUAGGCCUCACACCUUGCAACAAUUCGUCAAGUAUACCUCACCGCUACGCCUCUUAAAAAGGGGAUAGAAAAAGACGAUCGAAAAAUAAUAUCUUUAUUUCCAUGCUGGAUCAUCAUAUUUUAUUUGAAAUACCAGAUAAUUCAUUUUUAAUGUAUAAAGAAAUUAACAGAUUGGGGCAUUUCAUUUUAAAGUAAUUAUCAUAUUUUAAAACUCCAUCGCCAUCCAUCAUAAUGUAUCUAUUGUGGCUAUGUCAUCUAUUAAGUGCUUAAAUGCAGUAAAAGUAAAUUGCCAUGAAGCCUGGCUAUUAUUAAAUGCAUCUUAACCUCUAGCUAACUAUAGAGAAUUCAUCUUAUUUUUAUAUUUAUAAUUAUAUUAACUGAUAUUUUAUUAGGUAUAUGUCCUUCUGAGGCCCCUGUCAAAGUGAGGCUUGGGUCUAAUGACUCAGCUAAAAUACACACCACAUCACCCCAUGGCCUAAGGAUAAGUUUUUAAAUUUAUUUUAAUUGAUGUGGUGUACCAGCCUGCAGGUGUUUGCAAUAUAUUAAAAGACAUCAAUUUUUUUCUUAGCUACGCUGCUCUUCUAUCUGAAUGCAAAGAUGUUGACAAGAUUUUGGACAUGGAAUUCAUCAUCCAGCAACUAUUACAAAUUAUAUUUUAUAUGGAUCUGUCCGAUCAGGUCAGCAGGUGAGUUGCCGGUAAUUAAAAUAUUUAAAAUAUUGUAUUGCCAGUUAAUUUUGGAGGUACCUUUUUAAAGUUUUUCUCUGCAAUACUUUAUUUACAGAUUAAAUUUAAACGGUUGCAUUUUGUGGAAAUAUUUUCUGUUUCAGAAAACAGACAGAAAAACUUGUACAUGGAUUGCUGGUGUCAGAUAAUGUUGGACCAGCCUUGGUGACACCUGUUUUGAAAUGUAUGCAGAAUAUGUAUACAGACAUAGAAUUUAUCAACUAUAUUGCGGAAACCAUUUCAGAAAUUCGAGAGCCCAUUACUACUAUUGAGACACAAAUUAAUGUUGAAGCACAGAGAAAUAUUGAUAAAAAGGUUAUUAUUUGCUUUUAAACAAUUUAAGAAUGCCAGUGAUUUUAAAUGUACAUAAAUUAAUUAUUAUGGACAAUUGAAAUGUAGAAGAAUUACUAUGAGUUUUGUUGAUAUAAAUAAUACUGCAGUUUGGUAUCAUAUUUUUGAAUGACAAAGCUAAGAAAUAUCUAAAUAUUUAAUAAAAAAGCAUUUUUAAUCAUUUGGGAAUAUGUUUGUAAAGGGUUGGGAAGGUGUAGGAGAAUUUUUUUUUAAAUAUUUUGUACAUAACAUAUGAAAGGCAUCUAACUUCAAAAUCCAUUUGAAAUAUAUUAUCUUGUGUAGAUUGCAGGAAUACGAGUUAAGCUUCAUGAAUUGAGAGAUGAACUCUCCAUUUGCAUUGAAAGGCAGGAGUUUGAAAGAGCAGCACAACUGAAAUCUGAUAUCUCAAAUCUUGAUUCUGAACGAUCCUCCUUGCUAGAAGAAGCAGAACCCAAACUACAGGAAGUCCGUACUCAAAGGGUAUUUAGUUUUACUUUGCUGUUAAAUUUAGCAUUACAUUAAAAAUUUAAAAUAACGAACUGUUGAUAAAGAUUUUCAGAGAUUUCUAAUUAAUUUUUAUUAAUAUUUACAGAAUGAUCCUGUAAUAUUGCUAAAGUGCCUGACAAUUAUUAAUGAAGUGCUGAGCACUCUCACUAUUAAGAGGAUGACACCAGCUCUGCAAGGCCUAAUGGAAAGCCAGGUACUAUUUCACAUUACACCUUUCAAUAAUACCAUUCAUUUGUUCAUUGGCACGUCUUUUCAGAUUACUGUUACGUCAUUUCUUAAUUGGAGAAUCUCAAUAGGAAAUGUUAUCUAUAUCUUUUCAAAUAUCUAUUAUUUACUAAAGCCAUUUUUUUUUACCAUUGUUAACUUUUUUUAAAAAUAACCUAGAACAAUGUAAUCAACAUUAGCACAGACUACUUUUAUGUAGCUGUUUACAUGCAUGCAGAUUACAGGUUUAAGUUUGCAAAUUAGUCCAUAUUCUAUGAGCAGAUAUUGCCAGGAAUGGCUAAUGAAGAUGCAGAUAUUCGCAAUAAUGCAGUCAGAGCUAUUGGCUUGUAUUGUCUAAUCAGCAAAGACCUUGUGAUGCAAAAUUUACCAAUACUUUUACAGGUAUGUUUAUAUAAAUAAUUUGUAUAGCUCAUCAAUUUUUAGUUAUAGCAUUUUAUUAUUUCUUUUAUAUAGCUGUAUUAUAUUAAUAUAUAAAAAAAGAAAACAACACAUAUGAUAAUGGAAUAAUAGUCUGUGGGUUUUAACCAUUUUUAUAUUCUGCAAUGCUUUCACACCAUUAUAAAUCAUGAGUAAUAAGUAGGCUUUAGUGCACAGUUGCUUUUUCUAGAUUUUUUUACAUUGAAUACCCUAUUACCCUUAUAUUCCUAUACCAGUUAUAGCAAUAUAUUUCGUUUUUAACAUUUUUUUUUUUUACAGGCCUCCCAAAUGGACACGCACCUUGUAAGAUCAACUGCUUUCAAAUCAAUAUUUGAUUUGGUUCAAUUCUACGGACUCGAAGCUUUCAGCGAUUGCUCUAAAGAUGCAAACUUGCAUAUUAACACACCAAAUGAUAAGUCAUGUGAAGAAAGGACGGAAUUACAAAAUGGUGUUGAGAGAGAAGGCAGCACAGUUUGGAGUGAAAGCGCAGGCAAAGUUAUAACAAUUCUCAGUUCUACUCUAGAUAAUGAGGUUAGUAAACUUUUUAACAACUAAUUUUGAAUUUACACUUGGCCAAUCAUUAACACUUUGUCCACUUUAAUCUUAGCAAGCUUCAUAGUUUUAAAAAAGCUAUGAAAAAUAUAUGUAUGCCAAAAAAGUGUCAAAUAGGAAGAACAAAAAUGUACUCUCAUCUUUUUUUUUUUUUUUUUUUUUUUGUACCAUUGAUACCAUCAUCAAUAUGUUUUUUUAAAAUAAAUUAUCUUUAAAAGAUAUGAUUAAAAAAAACACAAUCUUGUUUCUUGUGCAGGAUUACAGAGUUUUCAAUGCUUGAAAAGUUAACUGCAUUUUAAAGAAAAUCUUUAAUAAAAUUGUGGAGUAACAAUAAAAAAAAAACGUUAAAACAGCUUUUGAAUCUAAAAAAUGUAAUUGAAUUUUUUUUAAUUACAUUUGGAAGUGAAACUUAAGUAUAUCAUUUUUAUACCGUACCUCCAUUAAUUGAUUUAGUCAUGUGUGUUCUAUAUCUUUAAAUUUUUAUUACUUUGGUGCUCUUACAAAUUUUAGAAUAUUAAGAGUGUUGGAUUGCAAUGAAGCUUAAGUAGAUGAGAACACAAUUUGUGUAGGUAAAUUGCAAAGUUAGGCUUUAAUAAAAAAAAAAUUUAAUUGAUUAAUCAUAAAUGUAUACUACUUUGACUGCAUCAUUAAAAUGUACUUUCACCACUUUUUAGAUGUAUUAUUUUUUUCAAUUUCAGAAUUCCGAGCUGCGGAACAUUGCAGCCGAAGGGUUGGCUAAAUUGCUUCUUUCAGGUAGAGUUGUGUCAUCAAAGCUAUUAUCCCAUCUUUUGCUUCUAUGGUACAAUCCACUUGUUGAAGAUGAUGAGGUUCUAAUAAGGACUCUGGGAGAUUUCUUUCCACUUUUUGCAUUUGCAAACAGGUAGGCCACUUUGCAAUUUUAAUUGUCCCAGGUGUGUUCUUGGUAAAACAAAGUAAAAAUUAAAAAUAAGCCUACUUAAUUAAUUUAUAAAAUUUAAUGAUUUACUUUCCAGUGCCAAUCAAGAGGUUGUAGAGGAAGCUUUUGUGCCUACUCUACGAACGGUACUGCAUGCACCACUUACAUCUCCAUUGGCAGAAAUUGAUGAGAUGAACCUGGCCAACUUUUUAAUUGAACUAAUGGAUGCUCAGAAUUUGUCUGACAACCAAUUGGAAAAUAGCCUUGUCAAGGUACCUAUAAACAUAAACGAGUUACCAGAUUCUCAGUUUCUGACAGCCUUAUUUAACUUAAGAUUACUAUUCAAUAAAUGCAAAAUAAUCCUUUGGUUUUAUAAUUUUAGUUUUACUCAAUGCUGAUGUUAAGUCUACAUUCUAUAAAAUAUGCUUUGUCAAAAGAGAAAUUAGCUUGAUUAAAUGAAAAAAGUCUUAACAUGAACAUAUUGAUCAAACAUAUAUAAAUUGGUAUGAAAUAUGAGUCUAAAAUAUUUAGAUAAUGGUAUUAUGAUUUGUUGCAGGAAAAUCCAUGUCAUGACAACAUCGCUGUUAAGCUUUGUAAUGAAAUUCUGUCUCAUCCUGACUCAUCAGACACCAAAUUGUGGCUUAAAGUACUUAAUCAGCUUAGUAUCAAUCCAGAGAACACAAGUCUGCAGAAAAAUCUAUUGGCUUUGUGUGAACAUAUGGCAACAGUGUGUAUUUAUUAAGAGGGGUUUAUUUGACGGAAAUCAAUUUUUUUAAAGUGCUUGACAUUAUGUUUCUUCUAAAAAUAUUCUCUUAUUAAAAAAUUUAAAAUUAUCAAUAUUUCCUAUCAUAAAUUAGAAACAUAUUUGAUUUUUUUUAUUUUUUUUUUUUCAAUUAUGCAAUUUAUACUUACUUUUAAAAUUCAGGAAAUAACCGACAAACAAUGCUGCAAUUUAUUGAAGAAGUUCAGAAGUACUCUGUCUGUGAUGAUAGAUGCUAUGAAAGAGCAGAUGAGUAAUUCAAAAAGAACAGCCACAAAUAGAAAUAAAGAGGAUCAGGUGUUGGUAGGAGAUGGAGGAGAUAAUAAUGUACAAGAUGAUCAUCAGAAACAACCUUCUACUGAAGACUUGGCCAUGGAAUUGGCAGAUUCAGUUGGCAAUCUGAGUUUAGCAAGCUUACAUCCAUCCACUGUAAAGAAGACUAAAAGUAUUAAUUUUUAUUAUUUGAAUGUUACAUUUUUACUAUCUCUAUUAUUUCAUAAGUGAUUUAAAAUAAAAUGUUAAAGUGUUAAGCUUUCUCCAAAAAUGCUACUGCUACUUUUUUUCUAUAAAAUAGACAAUCUAAGUCAGGCAGUUACAAAAUCUGCACAUGCCAAAAGAGCGAAGAGCUUAUUAAAGUCCACCAGCAAACCCACAGCAACAAGGUAAAAAGAUGACUACAUUGAGUUACUUUCAGGAUUGAGUGUGUACUGUUCUUGAAUUGCUAUAUUUACUAAAUGUGCAGUGAAAUGAUAGGUUUGUUCAAAAUUAUUUGGCCCAAAACAAGUAAAAAUUUGUUUCUGCCAUGACAUGCAUACUUAAUAGAAAAUUUUUUUUUUCAACCUGGAUCUUUUGAUGUAAUAUUAUUAACCUCUGAGCCUUAUUAUGAUUUUUCCUUCAAGUGAUUUAGAUGACAAUGUGUUUGCCACACCGGUGUUGAAAGGAUCAAGGCUUGCUUCCGAUAAAGAUGAAGUGAGAGUCCAGCUUGAGAACUUAUUUUUGGAUGGUCCUAAAACGCCCUUAGCAAGAGGAAAAACCCCAAAAACACCUAAAAGGCAAGAAUAUUUGGCCCUAUUCAAUCUAUAAGUAUUAUAUGUUUUCUGAAAUAUGCAGUUUUAAAACUUAAAUAUAAUUAAGAAGUGUACUCCAGCUUAUGCUACAGCUAAUGAAUUAUAUAUUUAAACUUUAAUUUCAUAACAUAGUUAUUAUUAGGUACAACAAAUAUAUUUACCAUAAGUUACCAAAGUUAAAUUUUAUACCAUGCUUAAGUAUACAUGAGUAACAAAAAUAUACUUUAAUAUUUUUUACAGGCCACUUCAUAGCAUUCAAAAUCCAAAGUUUACAGAGUGAUGGUUGAUGUUUGGCUUUAUUACAUUUAUAUGUUCACUGAGAAAUUUAAUGUCUACAAUUACAAUAACAAUAAUUAAAUAUAACAAUAAUAGUGUAUAUUUUGAAAACCUCCUGUAAAUUUAUGUGUGAUGAUUUCCUACACUCCCUUCCCUACAACUAGGCAAUGCAUUGCAACUUGUAGGUGCUGACAUCACUCAUACUUGAUUCAGAUCAUCACAAUUUUUAUUUAUUAUAAGGUUUUAGUAUAGAGUGCUAAUCUGUAAAUGGCCUUUAACACUAAAUAUUUGAAAUAGGGUUGUAUUAAUAAGCAUAUUUGCUGAUUAAAACUAAUCGGCCUUGCUAAAUAAGCUGAUUAAAAGUAAAAGGCAUGCCAUUUUUUCACAACCCAGUGAAGAAACUGGUUAGCCAGCAAUGUAAAAUGCACAUUUUAGGGUAUUUACUUAAAGUACUCUAAUCAACAUACACUGGGCAAGUAAGAGUGUUUUUUUUUUUAAUUGUACACACUUUCAGAAAUUAAAAUUUGUAUGAACCUGAAGAAAAAAAGCCAUAUAUCCAAAUUUUGUUUUUGUUCUUAAAUUAAAUCCAUAUUGAAUAUGUUAUUGUUAACCUUAGA